AUGUCUCAAAACCGAAAACUGGUUGAAUUUUAUAUUAGCUAUAAACUCUCCCAGCGAAAUUAUCCACUCAAUCACGUCGGACUCAGACAAGCAUUCAACAGGACUGAUGGGGGGGAGGACGCCUCAGGUGAAGAACAGCGGGUAGCCACGCACACCAACGGAACAACAAACGGCACAAGUCCCCCGGCGUCGCCGCUACGGGGCACGGCGAGCCUUGACGCGGUAAAGGAGGCUCUUCGGGACUCGGCCAAUGAGUUUGAGCUGCGCUACUCCCACGCCUUCAGCGACCUGGACCAACAGCUGCACAUUACUCCGGCGACCGCCUACCAGAGCUUUGAGAACGUCGUAGAUGAGGUUUUCCGGGACGACAUCAACUGGGGCCGCAUCGUGGGACUCUUUGCGUUUGGCGGUGCGUUGUGCGUCGAGUGCAUGGAAAAGGAAAUGAGCCCUCUGGUCGGCAGGAUCAUCGAGUGGAUGACGGUGUACCUGGACAACCAUCUUCAGCCUUGGAUAGAGCGCCAAGGAGGAUGGGAGCGUUUCGCUGAGAUCUUCGGCCAUGAUGCAGCAGCAGAGGUCCGCCGGUCCCAGGAGAGUUUCAAGAAGUGGCUUCUGGCCGGGAUGACCUUGGUGACGGGGGUUGUGGUGGGCUCGCUCAUUGCCCAAAAGCGUCUGUGA